AUGCUUUUUGUUAAAAAAAAAGAGAAUCUUCGAAUUAAUCGACACUUUGGAUUAAAGCCCGCUCCUUUCUAUCGAGUUCAAAGAAGCAAUGACGUUGGAGACCGUUUUGGUGGUGCUCUGGACGAAGCCGCACGUCAAUUUUCGCGUGCAUUUGAUUCUAACCUGCUUCCGCACGAGUUUGUCACCGACAUGCGCAAACAACACAAGCUGAUUAUGGGAAUAGGUCACCGAGUCAAAUCGAUUAAUAAUCCUGACAAACGUGUCGAAAUCAUCAAGAAAUUCGUGAUGGAAUCGUUCCCGUCACAUCCUCUACUCGAUUAUGCGCUUCAAGUUGAACAAGUCACCACUGCCAAGAAACCCAAUCUCAUUCUUAACGUUGAUGGCUGCAUUGCUGUAUGUUUCGUCGACUUAAUGCGCCAGUGCGGCUGCUUCACCAAGGAAGAGGCCGAAGAGUUCAUCAACAUUGGCGCGUUGAACGGCGUUUUCGUUCUCGGUCGAAGCAUGGGCUUCAUCGGCCAUUACUUGGAUCAGAAGCGACUCAAACAAGGUCUUUACCGCCACCCAUGGGAUGACAUCAGCUAUGUGAUGCCAGAGCUCAAUGGAGAACUUCCUCAGUAA